AUGUCCCGGUAUGUGAAGUACUUUAUGCAGGCCAAGCGGCUCGAUAAGCGAAAAAGAAAAUACGGCCAGCUCGACUUCUUAGAACUAAGCAAAGAGCUGAGCAUCCCUUUCCCCCUGCGAGAAAGAAAUCAACCCAAGCACCUAGACCUAUCAAAAUACCUAAAUAUAAAAGUGGGAGACCUCGUUAAAGUACUGUAUGGACCCUACAAAGACAGAGAAGGCAUCGUCUUAAACAUAAACACAAAAAGGAAUACUGUAAUUGUUGACGGAUGUAAUAUGAAAAAAUCCGCAUGGAAUGUCACAAGGAAAAAUGACGGUUCAAUUAUAACACAGGAAAUGCCUAUACAUAUUACAAACGUGGCUAUACUAGACCCGAUAAGUAAAAAGGCAACGGUGGUUAAGAGGAGAUACAUGAUGAAUGGAGAAUGUGUGCGCAUAUCGAAGAUCUCCGGGUGUGCCAUGCCGGAACCUGUUAAUGUGCAAGCGUUAAAGGAGCAGAAUAACUAUGAGCUUUUUAUUCACAAGAAGAAGACGGGACCUCCCAUUAAAGACAUUUACGCGGAGAGAGACUCCAAAAACUUUAAUUUGCUGAAGAAGAUAGCCUACGAGAUUAAGAAAAAGAGGUUCUACGAAAUGAAGAACUUUUUCAAUAGAGACUCUCCGGGGCAAGGGAGCUCUUCUCUGGAGGGGUAG